CUCACCAACCCCUUUUCCCAAAAUGAAUAGUGUUGUCAUGGUGAUAAUUGAUAAACACCAGACCACAAAUUCAUAUCUCCACAAAGUUCAUUAAAAUCUGACAAUCUUGUUCAUUGCCAAACCAAACCAAAAUCCAUGGAUCACCAACACCAAAAACUCCAUUCCUUAUUCCAAAUCCCACAACUCCAUAACUGGGCCUUCGCCAUUUUCUGGAACUUCACAACAACCACUCCCCAAUCUUCUCUUCUUCCUGCCUUAAUUUUCUCCCACUCCCAUUUCAAUCCUCACUCUCUUCUUCCCCUUUCCGCCGCCCAUUCCCUCAAUUCCUCCGCCGCCCAUUUCCCCUUUUAUGACAACAACGACCCUCUCUCCACCGCCAUCUCCUCCGGCGCCGUCCUCUGGCUCAACCAUCCCACUCUCUUUCAACAAAUCAACAGAGCAAAACAACUCCAACUCUUCGGUAUCAAAACUCUCCUUUAUAUCCCAACCCCAAAUGGCAUACUGGAAUUGGGUUCUCCCGAUUUCAUCCAACACGAUUCUGAAUUAGUCGAACGAAUCCGAAAUGAACUUGGGUUUGACUUGAAGAAACGGGAGAAUCAUAAUAAUAAUAAUAGUAGUAGUAAUAAUAAUGCUUCAACCCAUGUUGAAGCAGAGAGACAACGACGAGAGAAGUUGAACCAUAGAUUCAAUUCUCUUCGUUCUGUGGUUCCGAGUGUUUCGAGAAUGGAUAAAGCGUCGUUGUUAUCCAACGCCAUUUCGUACAUUAAUGAGUUGCAAAAGAAGAUCUCAGAGAUGGAAUCUCGGGUUUUGAAGAAGAAAGGAGUCGAAGAAAUGGAAGAAGAAGCGAGUUCGAGAGAUGAACGAGAGAAGGUAAUUGAAAUUGAUGUGAAGAUUAUUGGAGGAGAUCAAGCUGUGAUUAGAGUUCAAACUAAGAAUGUGAGUUAUGCUGUGGCCAAGUUAAUGGAAGCGCUUAGAGAUUUGGAGUUGAAGGUUCGACAUGCGAGUAUGUCAAAUUUGCAGGAUCUUACUCUUCAGGAUUUGGUGGUUGAAAUUCCUUCUGGGCAUGCUUAUUCUAGUGAUGAAGAUCUAGAGUGAAUCUUCUUGCUGUGGGAAGGAGUGAUUGGAGGACAUUGACCAAACUAGGGAAAAAGUAAUGAAUAUAAUAUUAAAAGUAAAAUUAUGUUUGUUUGAGUUGGUUGAAUUAUUAGCUCUGAUGGGAUAUUAAAUAAUACAUAUCAGGUGUUCACUUGAUGUUAAAUAA